CAGAUGCCAGAGACCAGAAAAGUACCUUGGGCAACAUCAUUGAAGUCAACAAAGGUCACAACUUAACAGUACAUGACGGAGAUAUACUUAUGAAAACUGGACGCAGCGCCAUCAACUGUACAAAUUGCCUGUGGCCUAAAUCUGCAGAUGGGACUGUCCCUAUUCCGUACAACUUAUCUUCUGUUUAUAAUGCCAAUCAAGUCAACUUAUUUAAAAAUGCUAUGGCUGAGAUUGAGACACUGACAUGUGUGAGGUUUGUACCUCGGACAACAGAGAAGGAUUAUAUCAACAUUAUCUCAGGAAGUGGCUGUACAUCAUUUAUCGGACGACUAGGUGGAGGUCAGAUGGUUGGAGUAUCUACUGAUGGUUGCAUGUUUAGAGGGAUUAUUGAACAUGAGCUAGAUCAUGCCCUGGGAUUUUACCAUGAGCAUAUGAGAAGUGACCGCGAUAACUAUAUCAACGUCAAUUUCCAGUAUAUCUCACCAGGUGAUGCAGGAAAUUUUCAAAAGGCAAAAACUAAUAACCUGGGUCUGGAGUAUGAUUAUGGCUCAGUGAUGCAUUAUGGCAGCUACGACUUCUCUAAUACUACAAACCAACCGACCCUUGUACCCAAGCCUGAUCCAACUGUGCACAUUGGCCAGAAAGCUGGACUGAGUAUCUUGGACAUUUCUAAAAUAAACCGUCUCUACCAGUGCAAUGUCUGUGCUUAUUUGCUUAAUGCUCAGAAUGGAACCUUGACCUCAGCCAACUAUCCCUCAGCCUAUCCCAGUAAUGCCGACUGUGUCUGGUUGAUCAGGUCCCCAUCUGGACAGGCUACCCUGAGUUUUAGUGGCUUUGAUGUCCAGUCCUCACCUGAUUGUGCAUCUGACUACAUCAGGAUUUAUGAUGGUCCCAGUACGGCAUCUCCCGUGUUGCUGGACAAAACUUGUGGGACUGGCCUGAUCCCUCUAAUUGUUGCUUCCACUAAUCAGAUGCUGGUAGAGUUUACCAGUGACAGCAGUGUUACCGGGGUUGGCUUCAAAGCUUCAUAUAGCUCAGUACAAUGUGGAGGAAAUUUCUUUGGCCAUGAAGGAAACUUCACAUCUCCUGGAUACCCGACUGCAUAUAGUGCAAAUUUGGAUUGUACCUUCAACAUCACAGCUCCUGUUGGACGUCGGAUAUCACUGAUUGUAAGUGAUUUUUCGCUUGAGUAUUCCCUGCACUGCAUAUGUGACUAUAUGAUGGUCCUGGAUCAAUCUGUUAUGUACAGUCCAUUCUGUGGUACUAAAAUGAUUCCUUACAUAACCUCCUCUGGGAAUACCCUGGCAGUGGUAUUCCAUAGUGAUAGGAUCAAUCAGAUGAAAGGAUUCCUGGCUACAUUCACUUUCAUAUAACUGAGACAUAUUACACACCGGGGUUAUAUAUUGUAGCAAGAAGAAUCCCUAAAUGUGUAAAUCAUAUGACAUCACAGGAACAACAUCCACAGUAUAAUCACCUUCUGUAUGGGAUUCAGCAAAUCUGCCUCAUUCUUGAAAAACGAUGUCAAAUGAGAACCAUAAAUAACAACAAUAUAAUUUCUAUACAAAAUAGAGUUUAGUCAUUAAAUAGUAAAUUUUAUUAGAAUUUCUGUCUUACAAUGAAUUUGAUUGCAUUGUAUUUAUGAGUAACAGGAAGAGUAAUGACAGUAGAAUGUACAAUUAAUAAAAUCUAUGAAGUGCA